AUGAGCGACUUGCAGAAAUCCUUCGCCAAAUCGAAAUUGGCCAAGCUCUCGCACCAGCUACCCCCUAACAUUCUGUCCGCGACUCCUCACGAUGAGGACUACUCCUCCGCUUCAUCCACUGGCACGAUAAUCCCUUCACCCAGUCGCAAUCUAUUCGCCAGACCAAAUGGUGGUCGCGGAUCCCCUCAAACAAGCUUAAGCUGGACCGAGUUCUUCACUAAAGACCUGCAUCUCACUCAGGUCGACCCCAGCACCAACACGCGCAUCAUCCACCAUGUAUACCUCACGCCCCCCGCCGACUCCGGCAGUCCGCUCUUCGUGAUGCACCACGGCGCCGGCUCCUCAGGUCUUUCGUUCGCCGCGUGCGCCGAAGAGAUCCGCAAGCUCCUCCCCAAAGCAGGCAUCUUAUCGCUCGAUGCUCGUCACCACGGCAGCACGGUCGUGACGACAGCCUCCCCCGCCGACGACGAGGGGAACGACAGGGCCCCUCAGAAAGAAGACGGCUCACCCGCUCUCGAUCUCAGCCUGGAGACCCUCAACCGGGAUCUCGUCUUCGUCGUCCGCGAAACCCAGCGCCAGAUGGGCUGGGACGGUCUCCCAGACCUGAUCCUCGUCGGGCACAGCCUAGGCGGCGCCGUGAUAACCGACGUCGCAAAGACCGGCGAUUUAGGGUCGAAAGUAUUGGCCUAUGCCGUUCUGGAUGUUGUUGAAGGAUCCGCAAUGGACGCCCUCCAAAGCAUGGAAACAUAUCUCUUGACCCGACCCUCCCGCUUCCCUUCCAUAGCCUCCGGCAUAGAAUGGCACACUCGCUCGCGCACCAUCCGCAACAAAACCUCCGCCCGCAUCUCCGUCCCCUCCCUUCUCUACGAACAACCCACCCCGACAGACCCCACCAAACCCUGGGUUUGGCGCACCAACCUGUCCGAGACCAAGCCCUUCUGGGAGAACUGGUUCAUCAGCCUGAGUCGGAAGUUCCUCGAUGCGCGCGGCGGCAAACUCCUCCUGCUGGCGGGGACGGAUCGGCUCGAUAAGGAGUUGAUGAUCGGGCAGAUGCAAGGCAAAUACCAAUUACAGGUUCUGCCGGAAGCGGGCCAUUUCAUUCAGGAAGACCAGCCAGCCAAGACGGCGCAGAUUCUGGUGGACUUCUACAAGAGGAAUGAUCGAAGUGCAUUGGUGCUGCCGCCCAAGGUGGCGGACAUGCAGGCGCAGGCGGCCAUGAGCAAAGGGGACGGCGCUGGGCUAGGCUCUGGAGUUGGGGCCUUCAAGAGGGUGUAGAAGGUAUAUACGACUAGAGUGUAUGUCUUGUAUGUUCUGUUGAGAGGGGUUAUCUGUGUAUAGGUGCAAAUUCAGGUAUGAAGAAAAAAGUGUACAGAAGAUAAUGAGAUCUGUAUUGUUGUGUUCUGGUUUCUUCAACAAGCCCCCCCGGCUCCAACUUUGAAACAUAAUGCUGCCUGCCAAAUAAACACCAAAAGCCCACCGGCCAUCCCAUUUCGCAUUUUGCAUCCAGGACGCCGCCAAAUCAUCCAGCCAAAUCACUAACGAGUACAUGCGGUAAUGCAAAUCAGGGAGAAGACAGGAUGUCUCGACAGAAAAGCAGA